UCUCUCUCUCUCUCUCUCUCUCUCUCGUUCCAAUCCAUCUCUGCAUCGGAUCCAGCGCGUACACGAUUCCCAAAGACCAAUCUCUUUGGUUUCUUGGUGUUCUCGUCUGAUUUAUGCAUGAAAGUUGGUAGCUUUCUGUGAUUUGAUGGUGUUUCUCGCAGGAUUGUUGGAAUUUCGGACAUUGGAUCAGGAGGAAAGUUGAGUGGUUCUGGUUGAUUUCUGACAGAUUGCUGUAUGUAGAAAUUGGGGAAUCAAUGUCAAAGGAGACAAAUUGUUUAUAAUUCAGUGGACUUAGUUUAUCACUGUUUGGAAUCACAAGCAAUUUAUUCUGCUCCAUUUGAUCAAGGAAGGUGUUUGUUCAUUAGAUCUUUGCAUUUGACGUUGCCAGGCUUUCUCUAGGAGAUGGUAUCAGUAAAUUUAGGUAUUCUUCAUUAUGUUCUGGAUCAUAUUUAUGGUGCAUUUGUGCAUAGAACCAAAUUAAGCACUCCUUUCUUCUCGAGGGGGUGGGGAGGGAGCAAGCUUGACAUGCUAGAGAACAUGGUUAAGCAACUUUUCCCAGAAGCUUCAGGUCAGAAUUGGCCACCUAAUAUAGUCCGGCCUAUUUGGAAAACUGUAUGGGAAACUAAAUCUGCAUGCCUUAGAGAAGGUGUUUUCAAGACUCCCUGCGAUGAACGGCUUCUUAGUACACUAUCUCCUGAGAAUCACAACGCAAGAGUUGCAUUUCUUCUGCCUAAGAAUGUACCUCCACAAAAGAUGGCGUGUGUGGUUCACUUGGCAGGCACUGGAGACCAUACAUUUGAGCGGAGGUUGCGUCUUGGUGGGCCUCUGGUGAAGGAAAACAUAGCAACUAUGGUACUUGAGAGUCCUUUUUAUGGACUCCGACGUCCUAGCAUGCAACGUGGUGCAAAGCUUUUAUGUGUGAGUGACUUGCUACUGUUGGGGAGAGUUACUAUUGAAGAAGCUCGGUGUUUGUUGCACUGGUUAGAAAUUGAGGAAGGUUUUGGCAAGACAGGCAUAUGCGGCCUUAGCAUGGGAGGUGUACAUGCUGCAAUGGUCGGAUCUUUGCACCCUACUCCGAUUGCGACAUUACCAUUUCUUUCACCACAUUCUGCUGUUGUUGCUUUCUGUGAAGGAGUGUUGAAACAUGCUACUGCUUGGGAAGCUCUUAGGGAAGAUGCUGCUCAGAAGGUUGACAUGACCCUUGAACAAGUCAGGGAGCGGCUUCGCUCUGUGUUAUCACUCACAGAUGUCACUCGCUUCCCAAUUCCCAAGAAUCCUCAGGCGGUCAUUUUUGUCGCUGCAACGGAUGAUGGCUAUAUCCCCAAACAUUCCGUCUUAGAGCUACAAAGAGCUUGGCCGGGAUCGGAGGUGAGGUGGGUCACUGGCGGCCAUGUCUCAUCCUUUCUCCUACACAAUGAUGCAUUCCGAAAAGCCAUCGUUGAUGGUCUCGACAGAUUGCAAUGGAGGGAAUCAGAAUCAUCAUAAUUAUGACAAUGUAUCAGAAUCACUACUAUGACCGAAACUCUUCCUGAUGGAAUAAGGAUGGGAUUGAGAUCAGUUGUGUGUAAUUCUUUAAUCACUGGUGCCUCACAAAUUCAUUUGUAACAAGUUCAAAAGAUGAAGAGAUUUUUCAAUUCCUGAUUUUCUUUCAAUUGAACACCAUUUGCCAUUUGCCAGAAAUUUAACUUGUUCAUGAAUAAUAGGAUACUGUGUACAUGAAUUUGAGAGGCAAUGGCCAUUUGAUUUAUUUGAUUCUCUACA